AUGUAUGUUCUCUUCAUAUUUAUAUUCUUAUUCACAUUACCAACCAUUGAAUCAAGUCGAUGUUCAAAAGAAUGUAAAUUUAAAGAUUUUCAAUUGAAUUCUUCAUUUCCGUCUGAUUUUUGUUCAAUAUCAAAAUCAAAUAAUGAUAUUAAUCAGCGAUGUAGAGUUGAAUUGACAAUUGAUUUUACCACAGGUCUUGUUAAUGGAUCAUUUAACACUGAGAACCAAUCAAGUUUAGUCAGCAAUAAACUUGAUAUUCGCAGCAUUUUUUCAUUGAAUGAUAUAUCGGUGAAAGUAACUAUUCGAUAUUAUUGUUCGGUAUCCGAUUAUUGUGAUCUUGACUUUGUACGUGAAACUUUAUCAUCAAAUUGGUCUACAGUAGAAGUACAAUCCAUUCGUGAAAAGCUUGCCUCUCAUCUUUAUGAUCCAAACAAUAUAGAUCCCAUCAAAUGUUUCAGUAAUGAUUCUUGUCCUCAAAAUGAAUCGCUAUGUUUCGUCUCCUAUGUGUAUUGGGAAUGGAAUAAAGAUCUAACCGUUUCGGGUACAUGUCGGGAUUCAAUCAGCACACCGAGACUUCUGUGGUCUCAGUCAUAUGAGGGAGGUGGAAUAUGGAGAAGUUUAACUGAAAUCGGUUUAUACUAUUGUAACACUCCAACCUGUGGAUAUAAUACCAGUGCUAUUGAGAUAUUUCAGAGAUUAUCACGUGAAUAUAUCUUGCCUCUUAAUUUGUCAUUGAUCAAUACAACAACAACAACACCUAAACCUACGGAAACGACUUCCUCAGCAAUCACGUCGACGAUUAGAGUGACAACAGCAUCAAAUCAUGCAACGUCUUUAUUUGGGCAUUUCUUCAACACAAUAAUCAUUUUCUUUGCAAUCACAAAAUACUUUUUGAUAAAUUAA